AUGAAUAACAUAUCGACAACUACCAUCAAUCCAGAUGUUGCAAGACUCAAUGCUGCUCGGAUAGGAGUACAAUACAUUGGUCAACCACUUCUAUUUGCUAUUGGUAUGAUUGGUUGUAUAUUGAAUAUUGCAAUUUUUCUUCGACGUUCAAUGCGACACAAUUCUUGUGCUAUCUAUUUUCAUGCAAGUUCAUGGGCCAAUCUCUUUUGUUUAACAUGGGGUGUACUUGCUAGUAUGCUUGCUACUUUCACUAACAAUAAUCCAGCUACAUAUAACAUUGGUUAUUGUAAAAUUCGUUUCUAUAUGAUUAGUUUUUCACAAAUGUCAAGUCGUGCAUGUGUUGUAUUAGCCUGUCUGGACCGUCUUCUACUUUGUUCACGAUCAUCUCGAAAACGAUUGUUCUGUCGAGCAAGUGUAGCAAUUAAAGUUGUACUUGUGACUAUUUUUAUCUGUGCUUGUUUGCCCAUUUAUACAUUAGUAACAUAUGAACCUCAACUAUUAAUACGUCAAUGUAUCUCAAUGUCUCGAUCAGUUCAAACAUUUGAAAUUAUAAAUUUAUGGUUAUUAGGCUUUGGAGCACCAACUCUAUUGAUGACAUUGCCAUUUGCAAGCAAUGCUCUUUACGUAACACUAACACAACACGAUGCUACAUCAAGCAAAUCGCCAUAUCGUAUUGCCGCUGAAGCAUUUUCACAAACAUUAACUAGCAGCUUUGGUAUUUAUGUAUUCAAUGGGUUAUCUUUCUAUGUUUAUACAUUGACUGCGCCAAGCUUUCGUCGUGAAUUAUUAUUAUUGAUUCUUCCACGACGAUGGGCGAUUACGUUGCGACAAAAAGAACAACAUCAAAUGUCUCUGACAAAUCGUAUAGGUCCGUCACGUCUAGAUGGUACAUCAAUCAAGCUCAAAGUCAUGCCACGUAAUGUUGUUGCCACGAAUCUUUAA